AUGGCUGCUGGAAUGCUCUACAUCACAUCCAUAAAGAGGGAGGUUCAUUCUCAUGGGGAGAGACUGCAGAGGGCCCGUCAGAAUGACUCGAUCAGGGGCCAGGACAUGUUCAAGAGGCUGGAGAAGAUCGAGAAGCUGGAGGGGCAGGCUGUGAAGGCUAUCGAGGUCAAGAAGGAGAGGAAGGUGGUGAAGAAGUUGUACCCCAACUCAGCUCUGUUUACAAGCUGGGGUGAUGAGCUCUCAGAGGAGGAGCAGAAAGAGGCAGAGGAGCUGUUUCAGAUGUAUGGAUACAACGCCUUCCUGAGUGACAGACUACCCCUGAACAGGGAAAUCCCUGAUACUCGCGAUCCUAAGUGUGCUAAUCACCAGUACCCCCAUGACCUGCCCACCAUCAGCGUGGUGUUGAUCUACUUGGACGAGGCCCUGUCAAUCAUCAAGAGAGCUGUCCGCAGCAUCACAGACAACACCCCCCAACGCCUGCUCAAAGACAUCAUACUGGUGGAUGACCACAGCUCCAAUGAGGAUCUAAAGGCGAAAUGGAAUACCUACAUCUUUUUCAUCCAUGAAGAGCGUCCGGGCCUGGUGAAGAGAGUGUGGCUGUGUGGUGGAAGUGUCGAGGUCAUACCUUGUUCUAAAAUAGCCCACAUCGAGAGGGCCCAUAAACCCUAUCUCCCAGACCUGAGCAUUACAAUGAAGAGGAAUGCUCUGAGAGUGGCUGAGGUCUGGAUGGAUGAAUACAAACAUAAUGUCAACAUCGCCUGGAACCUCCCAAUGAAGGAUCAUGGCAUAGACAUUGGGGAUGUUUCAGAGAGGAAGAAGUUGAGAAAGAGUCUGAACUGCAAACCCUUCCAGUGGUAUCUGGACAAUGUGUAUCCAAUGUUAGACCCCCUGGGUGACUUGCUUGGUUAUGGAGCUCUGAUCAAUGACCUGAAGACGGAUCUCUGUAUAGAUCAAGGCCCAGUUCCGGGGAACACACCUAUUUUAUAUGAAUGCCAUUAUUUUGGUCCACAGAACUGUUAUUAUCGAGCCAGCGGGGAAAUCUACAUUGGAGGCAUCAAGUCUCACAAGUACAACAGUAAUCGCUGUCUGAUGGACAUUGGCACUCGAACCCCAGGACUGUAUGAGUGCAAGGAGGCCAAGCAGAAGGGAUUCCACAUGCUCUGGGAAUUUCAACAGGGAAAAGCCAUCCAGAACAGACAGACAAAGAGAUGUCUGGAGAUUGCCCCAGGGGAGGACACUUACUACCAGCUCAUCAUUCAGGAGUGCAGUGGGCAGCACUGGAAAAUACGGAAUGUGAUAAAAGACUUCUGA